AAAUAUCAGAUUUGAGCGAAACAAAAAGGGAUGUUUGUCUGGACCUAUCUGUUGUGGGAGUGGCUUUCUCAAGCAGGCAAUUAAACCCUUCAAAGUCCCAGCAGCAUAUAAAGUAGGACGGUUCAGAGCUGUUUCUAUCCUGUGCAGGUUAUUGCAGCACAGCGAGCAGAGUGAAUCAUUGAACCCUGAAGCGAGGCUGAUAAAUCUCUUCGAAUCCCUCAAACAAACAGGUGGAUGUACAAGAAAUCUGCUUCCAAGAUGGGGAAGAAUAUGCUGCUGCUGGACGUUGACCCUGGGGUUGAUGAUGCCCAGGCAUUACUGAUGGUCUUGGCGGUUCCCAAUAUCCAGAUCAUGGGGAUUACCUGUUGCCACGGAAACACCGGGAUCGAAAACGUUUGCCGAAAUGUGCUCCGGGUCCUGAAGCUGUGCGGGAGGAUGGAGAUCCCUGUGUAUCGAGGCUCUGCAGCGUCUAUCCUUGGGGAGCGUUUGCAUGACCCUGUCUAUCAUGGGAAGGACGGACUGGGAGAUGUCCCCGACCCCAACGCUCCAGGACUGGAACACUUGCAAAUGGAGCACGCCGUGAACGCCAUGAUAAGGAUCGUCUCUGAACAUCCCGGGCAGAUCAGUCUUGUUGCUGUUGGUCCCUUAACCAACGUGGCUCUGGCUGUGAAAAUGGACGCCACCUUCCCUUCCAAGCUCAAACGCUUGUACAUCAUGGGAGGAAACAUGGAAGGCAGAGGGAACGUGAAGGUGGCCAGCGAGUUUAACUUUGUUACAGACGCAGAAGCUGCUUAUGUGGUCCUGAGCCAGUUCACAUGUCCCACCUACAUCGCCACCUGGGAAUACUGCCUCCGCCAUCGCCUGCCUUGGGAGUUUUACAAGGAAUGGGUGAACCAAGACACCGAGAAAGCCCGCUUCAUGAAACGGAUAAGCGCUCACACUGCUGAGCGCGCCAAGAGCGAGGCUGGAAGCAAAGAGCUGUUCUUCGGCCCGGGUUUUGUGUCCUGCGAUUCCUUCGCCAUGGCUGCAGCCAUCGAUGAGAGCGUGGUGACCGAAUACUCCCAGCUCGGGGUCACCGUGGAGCUGCACGGCUCUCUGACCAGGGGGAUGAUGAUCCUCGAUACCCUCGACUUGCUGAAGAUAAAGAACCGGGCCUUUGUCAUGAUGAAAUGCGACAUGGAGAAAUAUAAGCAGCUGCUGAUCGCGUCUCUGAAGUAGGGCAGGGCAGGGGUUUCUCCAUCUCGGGGGCAGAGGUUGUCACGAAUGGCGUAGUUUUAGUGCGGCUUUAAGCUAAACAUUGUUUGCUCACUUUCCCAUGCACUAUUGCUAUUUCACUAUGGCUGGCUGGCUGGGUUGCACUCCUCACUAAAUAAACAAAUCACUUUACAAGCACCGAGAAAUCAUAUGAAAUACUAACAUGUUUAUCGAGGCUACUUUCAGCGCCUCGGGACGUCCUCCCGACGUGUAACAUACAUCUGUUGAAAUAAAGAUGGAGGUAGCUUUGUCUUCCUUUUCCUCCCUCCCCCCACUCUACCCUCCAAACCCUGACUGUAAUAGCUUGUGUUUACAGUGAGUAGCUUGGUCUGCACUGAGGUCUCUGACCUUACCUAAUUGACCACCAGGUCACAACUCUCCUCAGUCGCAGGUAGGCAGAAUCAAAUGGGUUUACGCAGUGGGUAGCCGAGCCAUUCAGACUGUGAUGGUUGGAGGUUUGAUCCCUGAUCUGUGCUGAAUUUCCUGAUCUCAACUGGGGCAGGAGCUUACAGUUGUCUUCAGUCUCCGUUAGGCACAGUUCCUGAUCAUUCCCUUAUGCCCCUGUUACUGGGACGCAUGGGUGGACUUGGGAUAAGAACAGCACAGGCCAUCAGGUCAGACAUUCUGCUGUCACUCAUGUGAAUAAGGGCCAUUUGGGUGAGGCACUGGAGGUGGGGUGGGAGCCUCUGGAAACAUAGACUGUUUGACAUGAAGGGCCAAAUGGCUUUCUUCUGUGCUGUAAAUUUCUAUGGUUCAAAAAAAGGAACAACAAAAUCAUCCAAAGUCUCCUUCAGGACAGAUGUUACUGGCAGGGAGAAAGUAAGCAAGAAUGAAAUGAAUACCAAUUGGCACAGAUUCCAGUAGAUGGUUAGGAUUUUUUACCAGGUGAGUGAUAUGGACAUUGGGAUGGGCGGGGGGGGGGCGGUGACUGAUAUUGAUAUUGGUAAUGGGGGUGAGAGAUAUGGACAGUGGGAGUGAACAGUCGUGAGAGUAGAGGUGAGUGCUAUUGACGCAUGAGGGUGAGCAAUGUUGACAAGUGAGGGUGAGUUGUCUUAAGCAGUGUUACCAAUGGUGGAAUGCAAACUCUGCUUUAGGUGGUGGUAGCUUUGGGUUUAAAAAGAGAGAGAGAGGUAAUCUCAGCUAUCUGUCAAACUCUGCAUUCUAUCCUAUUAACCCUCAAGACUUAGCCUAUUUCUUCCCAAACUUAAAUACUGUCAUUUGUGUCCUUUUUUCAACAUAAAUAGGCAUUUUGAAGGCUCAAGACUUGUUACACCUUUGUAACCUACAGUUUAGUCCUUCUUUCUUCUAAAGUAUCAGCUUUAAUGUAAGCUUCGGGUAAAGGAGAAGCAACUGUGCGGGUGUGCGCGUGUUUUAAUCCAAUAUAUAGGAUUAACUCCUUUGCAAAACAGGAUUGACGUUGUACAGAAACUCAGCGUAUUAACUCUGAUUUCAAAAGUACAUACAAAAAUGUAUCCAUUGCCAAUGCUAAAAUAAAUGACGAAAGAGAAUAGAAAUUGCAAGCAACCGA